UUGGGACGGUUGGAGCAGAACCUGCGUGGAUGACAGAGCUCCGAGGAGGCCAAAGCCGGCCUGAAUCCCAGUCGCUCAGGAGUUUUUUGACGGGUCAUGGAGUCAGGAAGCAAUAAAAAUUUGGAGAAUUCAGUGAAGAGAGUCUGUCAUGACAAGCUUAUUCCAAAAAUAAAAACAAGCAAGAAAAUGUCCACCUUAGCAAAUUCUCCUACCACCCUGGAAGUGCCACCAGAGAUGAAGAAAAAGUGUGGAGACAAACAAGUAGCACUCACACCUGAAAGAAUAAAAAUGGCAAAAAGCAUCAAAGAGAAACAAAACAAUGAUUUAGAGAAAGUGGCUUUUAAACGGAAAGCAGAAGGUGAAGAAAAACCAGUAAAGAAGGAGGCAAAGAUAAUGGAAGUUGAUAGUCAGUUAAGCACCAUGCCUCUUCCUCACGUCCUUUUAAAGAACAUAAUGGACGUGGAAAUGAAGUUGGUCUACAUUGAUGAAGAGGACGUGAAGUAUGAAUUUGUGGAGUCCUUCCUGUCUCCUGGGACUCAGCCAACCUGCCCAGCUGUGGAAAUAGUGGACCCUUUGAGUGGAUCUAAUUCCACUUCUCAGCCUCAGAUUGACAAGUGGCUUCAGGUAACCUUAAAGGAUGCCAGUUCUUGCUACAGGCAAAAGAAAUAUGCAGUGGCCGCUGGACAGUUUAGGACAGCACUUGAGCUUUGCAGCAAAGGGGCGGCUCUAGGAAAACCCUUUGAUGCACCUGCGGACCAUAUAGCAGCCGUAGCAAGUUUCAUUGAGACAAAGCUUGUCACCUGCUAUCUACGGAUGAGGAAACCUGACCUCGCCCUGAAUCAUGCACACCGGAGCAUUGCUUUAAACCCGGCCUAUUUCCGAAACCAUCUUCGUCAAGCAACAGUGUUUAGAUGUCUGGAGAGAUAUUCAGAAGCUGCCCGGAGCGCCAUGAUUGCUGACUACAUGUUCUGGCUCGGUGGAGGACGUGAGCAGUGUGUAACCAGGCUCAUCAAACUGUAUUGGCAGGCCAUGAUUGAAGAAGCCAUCACCAGAACUGAAUCUUUCUCGGUCAUGUACACACCUUUUGCAACAAAAAUAAGUGCUGAUAAAAUAGAAAAAGUAAAAGAAGUAUUCACAAAAACUCAUCCUGCCUAUGUGGAGUACAUCUACACAGAUCUUUGUGCCUUCCACGUGUUGCCUCAGACAGCUGACUGGUCAUCUCUUCAUCCGCAACAAUAUCUCUUGACUCUUGGCUUCAAAAACAAAGAAGAUGGAAAAUUUUUAGAAAAACUGUCAAGUAGGAAGCUACCAACAUUCACAGAUCAUAAAACUCCCUUCAGUCGGCUGACCAGAGAAGACAGCAUGAGACGAAUGGAAACUAUGGGAUGGCGAAUCUUGCCAAUAUUGGAUUUUAUCAGAGGCACCCAAUUGAACGGUGGGCUGUGUGCAUGCUCAGGUGUGAUGGAGAAGUUGCAGUACGCCAGCCUCCUGGGCCGCCUCCAGAGAGUGAAGGAGCAGUCCCAAGUGAUUAAUCAAGCCAUGGCAGAGCUAGCCACCAUCCCCUAUCUGCAGGACAUCAGUCAUCAGGAGGCGGAGCUGCUGCAGUUACUAAUGGCAGAUGCUAUGGACACCCUUGAAGGAAGAAGAAGCAAUAAAGAACGUGUGUGGAAUACCAUCCAAAAGGUUGGACGAAUUGAAAAUUUUCUAUAUCAACUCGAGGACAGUUUCUUAAAAACUAAAAAACUCAGAACUGCUCGGCGACAAAAGUCAAAACUGAAGCGCCUUCAAACUCUACAGCAAAGCUAGUCCCUGGGGUGACAGUACUUACCACGUAGAAGCCCCAGAUAAGGAGCCAAGGGUGGCUACCACCCCAACCGUGACAGCUGGAUAACAAACACUGCCACUUAAGGGACAAGGUGCUGCUCCCCUUGGU